GAAGCGGCCGCCGCGGCGCGCUGACAUGGAGUUAGUGCAGGAAGCGCGGGAACUGGGCUGCUGGGCGGCGGAAGAGAUGGGGGCGCCCGCGGCAGCCCGGGCCCCGGAGUCAACUCUGCGCAGACUGUGUCUGGGCCAGGGGGCCGACAUCUGGGCCUAUGUCUUGCGGCAUGUGCAUAGCCAGAGGAAUGUCAAGAAGAUCCGAGGAAACUUACUUUGGUAUGGCCACCAGGACAGUCCAGAGGCCCGUCGGAAGUUGGAGCUGGAAGCCACUGUUGCUCGCCUGCGGGCAGAGAUCCAGGAGUUAGACCAGAGCCUGGAGCUGAUGGAGCAAGAGACCGAGGCUCAGGACAUGGCCAUGGGGCAGGCCCUACAGAGCAUUCAAGACACCCAGCGUCGUGCUCUCCUCCUCCGGGCCCAAGCUGGGGCCAUGCGAAGACAGCAGCGUGGGCUUCAAGAUCCCAUGCAGCGGCUACAGAAUCAAUUGAAGCGUCUGCAGGACAUAGAGAGGAAGGCCACAGUAGAUAUAACCUUUCGACCCUUAUCAUCAGCAUCCCUGGGACUGGAGCCUGUGGUCCUGGGUGAUGUCCGAACAGCCUGUACCCUCCGGACCCAAUUUUUGCAGAACCUCCUAGUUCCUCAGGCCAAGGGAGGCAGCAUCCUAACCCCUCGAGAUGACCACUUUGGAGCUUCCUACCAGCAGUGGCUUAGCUCAGUGGAGACACUACUGACAAACCAUCCUCCGGGCCACAUCCUGGCCUCCUUGGAGCACCUGGCUGAGGAGCGGGAGGCAGAGAUUCGGUCCCUGUGCAGUCCAGAUGGGCUCCAAGAUACGGAGAUAACCAGGUCCCAAGCACCAGACCAGCCAGACUCCAGCCGGGCCCUGCCGUCCAUGGUGCAUCUCAUCCAGGAGGGCUGGCGGGACGUGGGUAUGCUGAUUGCACAGCGGGGCCCCCUGCUGAAGGAGCAUCAAAUCCUGACCCAGCGCCUCCAAGGCCUGAUGGAGGAGGUGAAGAAAUGUGCCCUGGAAUCCAGCGAGAGGCAGGCAUUGGUGCUGGGACUCCGAGGCUGUGGCCUGUGGGCAGAGCUCAAGGCCCUGCGUGCUCAGAGCCAGGAGCUGGAGGAGGUGGCUGGGCGCCGGCAGCUUCUGCUACAGGAGCUACAGGCCAAACAGCAACGGAUCCUGCACUGGCGCCGGCUGGUGGAGGAGACACAGGAACAGAUCCGCCUGCUCAUCAAAGGCAACUCAGCCAGCAAGACGCGCCUGUGCCGGAGCCCUGCAGAGGUACUGGCUCUGCUUCAGCGAAAAGUGGUCCCCACAUCUGAAGCGGUGGCACCACAGUCCCAGAAACUGCUUCAUUGUCUGGAGGAGGAAGCCCGGCAUCUUCCCCACCUUCUGUUGGACACCUUGCUUCGGCACAGCCCUGGAGGGUUACAGCCCCUGCCCACGGUCCUGCCAUCCAUCUACCAGCUGCAUCCCACGUCCCCAAGGAGCUCCAGCCUCAUAGUGCUGAGCCACAGAUUGGGGCUGCCUGCAGGGAAGGCUCCAGAACUGCUCCUCCCAAAGGCUGCCUCUCUUCGUCAGGAACUUCUGUUUCUCCAGGACCAGCAGAGUCUCCGGUCCUGGGAUCUGCUCCACAUGAAGACCAGCCUGCCCCCAGGACCAUCCACCCAGGAGCUGCUGCAGAUCCGGGCAGCUCGGGAAAAGGAGCAGAAAGAGAAUCUGGGACAGGCUCUGAAGCAGCUGGAGAACCUGCUGAAACAAGCGCUGGAGCGAAUCCCCGAGCUACAGGGGGUUGUUGGGGACUGGUGGGAGCAGCCAGGCCAAGCCGCCCUGUCCGGGGAGCUCCGCCAGGGCCUGUCCCUGCCCCAGUGGCGGCUGCGCUGGGUCCAGGCCCAAGGCAUCCUGCAACAACUGUGCAGAUGAAAAGGGGGCCCAAACAGAACUCAAGAGCUUCGUUUGUUCACCCCAUCGUAAGACCUUUGGAAGGGAACAUCGCCCAGAUAUAUCAACCCACCGUCUCUACCCACACUUGCUGUUCCCCUCACAGGCUGUUCUAUUCCUCUCGAUUGCCUUGCACCUGUCCUUUCAUCCCAUCAAAGCCAAGGCAGUGGGUUAUCUGGACCCCACCCUAAGUCCCCCUGAAACUACCCUCAUCACUUUCACCCUUAGCAAAACGUCAUUGAGCACCUGCCCUAAACACUGAGAAUCCAGCACUGAACGAAAUGGACAGAAGUCCCAGACUUCAGGAAGCUGUUAUUCUAGGACAGGGAAAUGGACCCCUGGCAAGUUAAGUGGGCAAAAUAUCUAGUAUGUUGGGAGGUAACUGCUCUGGAGAAAAAUAAAGCAAGCUGUAAAGAGGUGCAACUUUA